AUGAUGCUUAUGAGAAGAAGAUUGGCUUGUUGCAGCAGGGAGAGGGAGAUUAGUAUCGAUUUCGACGAACAAGAUAAAAUGAUUACAUACGACGGUUUGGAAACUUGUAUUAUCAACAAUCAAUCAUAUGAAGAAGAAAGUAGAACAAGUCGAGGAGAUGGAUGCCUAACUGAUUCAUUGGAUGAUGAUGCAUUUUCAAGCUGUUCAUCAAGUAAAGAUGCCUUGAGUUCUUUUUCUUCAAAAUGGUUACCGUCGAAGAAUGAUGAACACAGUUGUGAUGGUUUGAGCUUAUCUGGAAGGUCCAAACGUUUUGAUGCUAAGGAGAAACCAGGCUAUGUCUACUGCCAUUUGGAUGUGGAAGCCAUGAAGGAGAAAUUUUCUAAGCUAUUACUCGGUGAAGAUGUUACCGGUGGAUGCAAGGGUGUCCAAGUGGCUUUGGCUUUGUCAAAUGCUGUAACACAUCUUGCAACCUCGGUAUUCGGCGAGCUCUGGAAAUUAGAACCCUUGUGUGAGGAGAAGAAACAGAAGUGGCGAAGGGAAAUGGAUUGGCUACUUUCUCCAACUAACUACAUGAUUGAGUUAGUCCCUUCUAAGCAAAAUGAUGCCAAUGGAAGAUCACUUGAGAUAAUGACACCGAAAGCUCGUGCAGACAUUCAUAUGAAUCUCCCAGCUCUUCAGAAACUGGACUCCAUGCUAAUCGAGACGCUGGACUCUAUGGUGAACACAGAAUUUUGGUAUUCUGAGAUCGGCAGUAGAGCUGAGGGGACGAACAAGAGUACAAACGAGAGCAAGAGAUGGUGGCUUCCAUCGCCACAAGUUCCCAAACCAGGACUCUCAAACUCAGGAAGGAAGAAGUUGCUUGAAAAGGGCAAAGUUGUUUAUCAAGUCUUCAAAGCUACAAAAUCCAUAAACGAAAACAUUCUUCUCGAAAUGCCAGUUGCAACCAUCAUCAAGGAAGCAAUACCCAAAUCUGGAAAAAGCAGCCUCGGUGAUGAACUUUACAGGAUGUUGGCUGCGGAAUCCAUCUCAGUCGAUGAGAUUCUUAGAUAUCUCAAGGUGGGGACUGAACAUACUGCACUCGAGACAGUUAACAAGUUAGAAACUGCUAUAUUUGCAUGGAAAGAAAGGAUUACAGAACAAGCCAGCUGCGGUAAAUCCCCUGUAAGAUCACCGUGGUCAUUCGCUAAAGACCCAUUGUCUGAAACUGGUAGAAAUGAGUCAGUCUUGAACCGAGCAGAAGCGCUUAGAAAUCAGAUAAAAUCGAAAUACCCCAAUCUCCCUCAGACGUUUCUUGAUGCCACAAAGAUUCAGUAUGGCAAGGACAUUGGUCAUGCGGUUCUUGAGGCAUAUUCCCGAACACUAGCGAAUUUAGCGUUCCGUAUUCUUUCAAGAAUGGGAGAAAUCUUGAAAGAAGAUGCUUUAAGUAACCCAAACUCUCCCGCACCACCAAGUUGCUUCCCUAGCUCUCGUGGCCUUUGUAAAACACCCGAGAGGCCUUUGCUUUCGUCCCGUGCAAGGCAUUCUCUCACGGAUGACAUGAACAAAGUCCGCGGGACAGAGAAUGGUUUAGAACUUUUUUCCGCGGAUGAUGCUAAAGCUAAUUCGGUGAGUACAACUCCAAGCAGAAGCAGUAGAGUUUGGUGUUUGAGUAAAGUGCCUCCUGAUGCUUCUCCUUGA